AAGCAAAAAAAAAAAAAAAUCUUAGAAAGAGUCAAAGGAUGUACAGAAAUACCAUGACGAAUUACCUCCAGAUCAAGGAAAAAGAAGAUAGCAUAAAGGAACCCCAGAAAACAGCAGGAAUAAGACUAUGAGAGAGAAAAAAAAAAUUAACCACAGUAAAUAAAAUUAGCAUCCCACAUUAUAAUCUCAGCUUUCUAAGACAGAUGGCUAAUGAAUUGGGCCUCCAUUUAGAGCAAUAUUGUGUGAAUCUAGGAUUCAAUGAGAAUUUCCUCUGCCCCUAUUAAUCUAGUGUACAUACCCCACAACCAGACUCAUGGUUUUCUGAGGGUAAAACCAAAACUAAAGUAUUACUGAGGGACUGUGGCAUCGUGGAGGAGCACCAGCCCUGCGAUGCGCAGUGGGUCUCAGAUUUGCUGGUCUGGACCCUCACGUAGUCCAGAUGUGCAGCAGAUCCCAGGCUGAGAUGGAGCAGGGGGCCGAGGGCCUGAGCCAGUGGCCUGUGGCUCUGCACCAGCUUACAGAGGACACUGAGAAGUCACUGUCCAUCUUGGACAUGUCUUCAUCUCCAGGAAGCGGUGGAGUGCACACCUCUUGGAACCAUGGCCCAUCAGGCACUCAGCAGGUUCCUCAGUGCACAGAGCUGGAGAGGAUGUCCUUGGCCUCUGCUCAGGCACCCAGGCAGAAUGCCUGUGAAAUGGGGCAGCAGUUCAGUAUGUCACUUCCUGAGCAUGGUGUGAGCUACUGCUCUCAAAUGACUUUCACUGCUUCCCAGAUGAUUUACAGUCAGGCAAUGUCUCCUUCCCAGCCAGGAAUGGGGGUUUUCAAGGGCUCCCAGGCAAUGCCCUUAGGAGAGCCCAGUAUUUCAAGUGUGGGUGUGACCUUCAGUGGGAAUCUAAGCAUGCCCCCCAGUGGGCUGCCAGUCUCACCUCCCAGUGGAAUCCCAAUGAUGUCCCACAAUGGAAUGCCAACAGUGCCUUAUUCUGGCCUCCCAACAGUACUUUCCAACGGAGACUCUUUAACACCUAAAAUGUUUUUGGAUCCAACCAUGCCUUCCACUGAGGUUCAGGCAGUAUUCCCCUCUUUGGCCCAGAUGUUGCCCUCUAGAGAUCCUCAGGACUUUGGAAUGCCCCCAGCUGGAUCUCCAUCACUGCUGGCUUUGGAAUCCCAGGGCUCUCUUGCGAGCCAGCCAGUCUCCCAGGAAGACUUUCCUAAGCACCGCUUAUGUGCACCAUGGACAGAGGCACAGAAUUCCAGGGCCCAAGAAAGGGCUUCCAGGAGGAGCUCUCCCAUUUCAAGGCUUUACCAUAGUAAGUACGAGAACUGCGGCAAAGCUUAUAUGAAGUGCUCCCACCUCGUGAGUCACCAACGCAAACACACAGGUGACAGACCCUAUAAAUGCACGUGGGAAGCCUGUACCUGGUCCUUUUUCCAUUCCCUUGAACUUGGAAGGCAUACUUGAAUACACACCAGAUAUCGACCACAUAAAUGUGACCAGUGCAGCCAACAGUUCAUGAGAUCUGACCAUCUCAGGCAACAUCAGAGGACUCAUAUGCAGAUGCCAAGAUCCCCAGACCUGAAGGCAGACAAUGGACAUAGGGCCGGUCCUCUUCCUGCUCCUCAUCUUUAGAUCAAUCUCAUCUUCACCUCAUGUUGGCUUCUCCACCCAGAUCCUGCCUGCCUCUGACCAGCCUGUCUCUCAUAGGCGUAAUUUUAGAUGAAGACAGAAUGAUUAUGAGGCAGUGUCGAAGCCCAUGUGAGCUCUGGACCCAGUCGGGGCUCCUCCAAAACUGUCUUGGAGGCCCUCCCAUCUCUGGGCUUCCUACUUCUGUCAAGUUUAGCUGCAUGGGAAGGUGGAGCAAAAUUGAGAUCCGGAGUGCUAUUUAAAAGCUCUUUUCUCUUAGGUGACUCCCAGCUUGAAACAUUGUAGUGACUCUCCUGUGCUUACUACAUAAAAUCCAAGUUCCCUAUCUUGGUCUUUGACAAAGAUAUUCAAAUCCUGAAUUUACCACUCACUAGCCACGUGACCCCAGGAAAGGUCUUUGAUCAUUAUGCCUGGUUUCCCCCUCUGAUAAAUAAGAAAGACUGUUCUGAACACAUUUUACACACAAAAUCAGAUUCUCUCGGAGUUCCUGUUGUGGUGCAGCAGAAAUGAAUCUGACGAGUAUCCAUGAGGAUGUGGGUUCACUCAAUGAGUUGGAGGUCGAGUGUUCCCGUGAGCUGUGGUGUAGGUCACAGACGCAGC